AUAAUAAGAGAAGCGGGUAACAUAUCACAUACGUUUUAAUCAUUCUCUGUGGAAGAGGAGAGAAAGAAGAAAUAUAAGAGUCUACUUCUCCCUUGCAUUUCUCAUGAACUGCGUUGUCGUGUUGGGUUUUUAUUGUUGGGGUUGGAAACACAUCACCGCCCUCAUGCUCUAUCCUUCCACUUCUUCUAAUACCCCCGCUCCUUCCUUUUCUUCCAUUUAUUUCUGUUAGUUACUCAUCUUACUCCGUUCUGUAAUAUUAAAACCGAAACAUUAAAAGUUAUCUCGUAGAUUUUAUAAAUAGCUAGGUGGGUGAUGGAGGGUGAAAGUGAGAAGGAAUUGGUGGAAGAAUACAUGGCGAGAAAGUCAUCGCCGCCACCUUUCUUGAUGAAGACUUACAUGCUGGUGGAGGAUCCGGCGACGGAUGCGGUGGUUUCUUGGAAUUCCGAGGGGACGGGCUUUGUGGUGUGGCAGCCGGCGGAGUUUGCGAGAGAUUUGCUUCCCACACUGUUUAAGCACAGCAACUUCUCCAGCUUUGUCAGGCAGCUCAACACGUAUGGGUUUCGAAAAGUGGCUACAACAAGGUGGGAGUUCUGCAAUGACAUGUUCUGCAAGGGCAAAAAAGAUCUCCUCUUCAAAAUACGUCGUAGAAAAUCAUGGACAAACAAGCCACAUCCAGUCGCCCAGACCCUGAAAGAACAAUCCGCAGAUCACGAUCAAGAUGAUGCCAAUCAACGGUCCAAAUCAACUUCUUCCACCUCUUCGUCGUCCGGAUACACGAGUCUUGUGGACGAGAACAAAAGGCUCAAACAGCAGAAUUGGGUUCUCAAUUCUGAACUCUCGUCUCUCAAAAACAAGUGCAAUGAGCUGCUCGAUAUGGUGGCGAUUUACACAAAGAAGGAGAACAUAUAUGAUGAUGAUGAAAAAGAUGAGGGGCCCAAGCUGUUUGGAGUGAAGCUUCAAGGCGAGAUGAGGAAGAGAAAGAGAGAAGAAUCGAAUAUCGGUGAUGCGAAUGCUCCAACCUAUUUUGUGUCCCAGUUAUGCAAAUAAUUAUUUAAGAGAGUUAGUUACAUAAAUAGCUAGAUUAAUCAAUUAAUAUAGCUUCGAAAUAUCUGUAAUACAACUUCAAAUAUUAAGACCUAGAUAUAUAUUUAACUGUAUCUGCCAGCCAUAUCAAAAAUGUGAUUUGGUUUGUGGAUAUACGUACAGAGACACCAUGAAUAUAUAUGGAUGCAUGUACUUUUAAGUUUCAA